AAUACAUGGUACUUUUUAAAUGGUUUGGGACAGAAUCGGGUAUAUUAAAAAAGAAAGGGCUUUGAGUUCGGGUAGUCCUUAAUGGUACCCGAUCCCUUGCCGUUCGAGCUAGUAGUUCUUUUUUUCUCAAUGCCAUUCCUACUUCCAUCAGUCUUUUCCUCUCCUCCGUGUUGUUUUUUUUUUUCUUUGAUCUCUCACUCGCUCUUUUCUCUCUGCAAAUUGCAAUUAUAUAAUUAGGUUUUCAGGCUGUGAUCAUAGUGAUUGUUGCAGAUGUUUUCUCAGCCUCCGAUUUGGGAAAGUGACUUCUGUUGAUUCAAUCUCUCGACAGGUUAGGUGUUUUUUGGUGAUGCAGGCCAGCCUUACAGAAUGUAAUAUUGAAGGGUAUAUCUGUCUUUCUAAGAAUGUGGAGGAUACAGUUGGAAGAAGUGCUAGAAUGAUGAAAUUGUAACUUCAGAGAAAAUGAGAGUUGAAUAUAAAAUCUGCUGAGAGUUUGUGGGAAAAUAACUGCUGAAAGAUUCAGCUAACAGACUAUGGUGAAUAAUGGAGGUUUGCUCCAAGCUCUCAAGAAUACGUACUAAAUUUCAAAAGAUCAAUUUAAGCACAUGGACAUUGAUGUGGAGAAAGCAAUGGAGGUAUCCGCUGCACAGCCAGGGAGCUCAGAUAAGUCUAACUCAAAUAGCUCAGGUCCUGUAUCUCGAGUGAGGAAGCUGCUUUUCCGCAAAAUGCUGGUUGGCAUCAAAGAUGGACGCUUUUUCUUGGGUACCUUCCAUUGCAUUGACAAGCAAGGAAACAUCAUUCUCCAAGAUGCAGUUGAAUAUCGAAGCACCAGACGCACAUCUCCUUCUCCAAUGGAACAGCGGUGCCUUGGGCUUAUUCUUAUCCCCGCUUCUUGCAGAACCACUUGUCAUGUGGAUUGCUCGAUUGAAGAACAAUUAUCACUGUUUAAGUUACAAGAAUAGGAAGCAAUUCUUUGUUCCGCAAUUCUCUGCUUGGUGCAAUGUAAUUCACCAUCUCCUGGUUACAUAUCUGUCACUUGAAUAGAACUAGUACCUGCGGGAAUUUUAGAAUUGAAAUUUUUUUGCUUUUGCACCAAUGUAACAGCCACAUUUGUUUAAAUGGCUCGACCAAAGGAACAAUUUCAGUUAUGAAUUGAAUUAGUUCCUCUUUUCUUUCUUUCGA